CAACUCAUUGAAUUUGUUUACAAAUAAUGUAAUAUGAUAUCACAUUCAUGCAUAUGUCACCGGCUCCUCCUGUUGUAGUCCUUAUUCUCAGCUUCUUGUCUACUUUCCAAGGUAUUCCUAACCUGAUCGUAUUUAUAGAAUCUUUCAUCAGCCUUUAGUUACUGGACUGAAGCCACUUCUCUCUCUCUCCCACACCUCUCUCUAAGCUCAAAUAUACAUAUAAAAUUAGAACUCUGCAACAGGCCAAAACAACCAGCUUUUGCUCCCUCACAUAUUACUAUAUAAUAUAUAGUUUUUAUGUGCUAAGCUUUGUUGAGUGAGAGGCUAGCUAUUGCAAGAGUGAAAGAAAGAGGGAGAGAUGGAGGAGGUCUUUGUUGUGGCAAUGAAAGUGGCUUCUUCAGUUGCUGUUGUGGGGAUUCUAAGCUGGAUACUCUAUGUGUAUGGCAAUAUGUGGCACAAGUCUCAAAGGGUUAGAAGGAGGCUACAAAUGCAAGGUAUAAAAGGGCCUCCACCUUCUUUUCUACAUGGGAACCUGCCUGAUAUGCAGAGAAUUCAAGCUCAGGUUAGCAUGGCCAAAUCUUCAUCCUCCAACCAUUCUGAUCAGUUUCUGGCACAUGACUACACUGCAACCCUCUUCCCCUACUUUGAACACUGGAGGAAACAAUAUGGUCUACUGUACACUUACUCCACAGGGAUGAAGCAACACCUAUAUGUGAACCAACCGGAUCUAGUGAGAGAAAUGAAUCAAUGUAUCACUUUGGAUUUGGGUAAGCCUACUUACAUAACCAACAAACUUGCACCAAUGCUUGGCAAUGGCAUUUUGAGAGCCAACGGCCAAAGUUGGGCACAACAAAGGAAACUUGUUGCAGCUGAGUUCUUCAUGGACAAAGUUAAGGGUAUGGUGGACCUAAUGAUUGAGUCAGCUCAGCCACUACUAGUAAAAUGGGAGCAACUUAUUGAGAGUCAAGGAAGUGGCACAGCUGAAGUUAAAGUGGAUGUGGAUUUGAGGGGCUUCUCAGCUGAUGUUAUUUCAAGGGUUUGCUUUGGCCAUUCUUAUUCCAAAGGAAAGGAAGUCUUCUCAAAGCUUAGAAGCAUACAGAAGGCCAUGUCUAAACAAGGUGGCUUCCUUUUUGGCCUCAGCAGUUUCCGCGACAAACUGAAUUUCUUGUCAAAGAAGCAAAACGAAAUUGCAAAUUUGGAGAGAGAGAUAGAGUCACUGAUCUGGGAGUUAGUGGAGGAACGGAAGCGUGAAUGCUCAGAGACAUCUUCAUCAGAUAAGGAUUUGAUGCAGUUGCUAUUGGAAGCAGCCAUAACUGAUCAAAGUCUGGGGAAGGACUUUUCCAAGCGAUUCAUUGUUGAUAACUGCAAAAACAUUUACUUUGCUGGCCAUGAAACCACUGCUGUUGCAGCCUCUUGGUGUCUAAUGCUUCUUGCUUUGCACCCAGAAUGGCAAACUCGUAUAAGGAAUGAGGUGGCUCAACUUUGCCCCAAUGGCAUACCAGAUGCAGAUUCUCUCCCUUUAUUGAAAACGGUGACUAUGGUGAUUAAAGAAGUGCUACGUUUAUACCCACCAGCAGCCUUUGUGUCAAGGGAGGCAUAUGAAGAUAUCCAAAUAGGAAGCCUCAAUGUUCCUAAAGGCGUGUGUCUAUGGACCUUGAUCCCAACACUGCACAGAGACCCUGAAAUUUGGGGACCAGAUGCAAAUGAGUUUAAACCAGAAAGGUUCAGUGAGGGUGUCUCUAAGGCUUGCAAGUUUCCUCAUGCUUAUGUGCCAUUUGGAUUAGGUACUCGCUUAUGCUUGGGAAAGAACUUUGCAAUGGUUCAGUUGAAGGUUGUGCUAGCCCUUAUCAUCACCAAGUUUAGCUUCUCUCUGUCUCCUAGCUAUAGUCACUCUCCGGCAUAUAGAAUGAUCGUAGAGCCAGGACAUGGUGUAUAUAUUCUCAUUCAGAAGAUUUGAAUGACUCGUAGCUGAUGACACGAAUAACUCAGCUAUAACAUGCAAGCAUUUAGUUUGUCUUUGAUGUGUGUAUGUGUACUUUAGAAAUGAAACUAUUAUUGCCUUAGGUUAUUGAAGAGUUUCUUCUUCACUUCUUCGA